AUGGCCCAUACUUCACUGUCUGUCGUCCUUGUCGCAGCCACUGUAAUUGCAGCCCUCACUAAUAGGGUUGGAGCAUCAUCCGUCGGAAUUUAUCCAGCCUUGAGCGCUUCUCCAACGCCUUCCCCGACUGCUACCACACAAAAAUCCGUCUCUUACCCGGCUGCCUCGGACAAUGGUGGGAACAAUGACGACAAUGGAGAAUGCAGACUACUUGGUCCCUUUUCGCUGCUGGUGCAGGCUGCACUCGGGGCUCUGGCGCUCUUAUCGCUCGUCUACAAGCGCUGGCGGGAGAGACCUCAGCGACCAGUGAAGGUGUGGGCAUUUGAUGUGUCAAAACAAGUCUUUGGCUCGGCCAUGUUGCAUCUGGCCAACCUCCUCAUGUCAAUGUUCUCAGCCGGUCAAUUUGAGAUUCAAAGCAAAUACAAGCCUAACCCAUGUUCAUUCUAUUUACUGAACUUGGGGAUAGAUACUACUCUGGGUAUUCCCAUCCUCAUCUUCAUCUUACACAUCUUGAACCGCCUCGCCAUGUUCACUCCCCUAGCAAAUCCGCCGGAGUCUAUUGAGUCUGGAAACUACGGUCGCCCGCCUCGUGCUUCUUGGUGGUUCAAACAGUCGAUGAUAUACUUCCUUGGGCUUCUAGGAAUGAAGAUUUGUGUCUUCUUCGUCAUACAGUUGCUGCCUUUCAUAGUCAAGGUGGGCGACUGGGCCCUGCGGUGGACAGAGGGUAACACCGCUAUCCAGAUUGUCUUCGUCAUGCUUCUCUUCCCGGUAAUAAUGAACGCCAUCCAGUAUUAUAUCAUCGAUACCUUUAUCAAAAAGCCACUAUCUCUGUCAGAGAAUUUUCCCGAGGAAGCGAGCGGCAAUGCUGGAGCAGGGGAGCACGAUGACGAGCACCGCCAUGGACUGCUAGCGGGUCUGGAUGAUGAUGUUUCCUUCGCCUCAGACGAUGAUGACCCAGUGGGUAAAGAUAGGAGAGGACCCGAUCUGGAGAGCCCCAUUCCAGGUAAGGAAGAUCUAGUGCGAUUUGGCUCAGUGGAAUAUCAUCCUGCGGCUCAUGGCGAAUGCAGCUCAGCAUCAUCA